AAACUGAAGAUGCCUAAAGCAUCCGAUAAGAAAUCGUCAUACGAAAAGGACAUUCCAUCUAAUCCAAAGGAUUGGAAGAAAUGGAAAGAAGAGAGAAAACGACAGAAAAGAAAAUGGAAGGAAGAAGCACUAAUAAAAAAAUUGGAGAAAGAAAAAGAAAGAAAGAAAAAUGAAGAAGAAGAAAAGACAAGAGCCAUUGAAGAAGAGAAAGUGAAAGAGAGAUUAGGAGUCCAACAGACUGUUUCCAUAGCUUUGCCUGGAUCUAUAUUGGAUAAUGCCCAGUCUCCAGAGCUUCGUACUUACUUAGCAGGACAGAUUGGUAGAUCUGCUGUCAUAUUUAAUGUGGAUGAAGUUGUGAUUUUUGAUGAGACUGGAUCCACUAAUAGGUCAGUUGAAGGUCAGUAUGAUGGGAUUGGUAAGAAAGGGCAGGCCAAUGUCCAGCUGGCUAGAAUUCUACAGUACCUCGAGUGUCCACAGUACCUACGGAAAUCCUUCUUUCCUCAACAUAAGGAUCUUCAAUAUGCUGGCUUGCUGAAUCCUCUAGAUUCCCCACAUCACAUGAGAGCAGACCAAAAGUGUUAUUAUCGGGAAGGGGUUGUUUUGGAUAAGCCAGUCGCUCAAGGAAAAGGUUCCUAUGUGAAUGUGGGUCUUCUGAAGGAGGUUCAGAUUGACAAACAACUACAACCUGGUGUAAGAGUGACAGUAAAACUGGCUGAAUUAGAGACAGAGAAAAAGAACUUUAAAGGGAAGGUAGUCACACCAUCUCUGCCGAAGGUGGAGGGGGGGUUAUACUGGGGAUACCAGGUACGACUGGCUAGUUCUAUCGGGGCUGUAUUCACAGAAUGUCCUUAUAAGGAUGGAUAUGAUAUGACCAUUGGUACAUCUGAGAAAGGUGACUGUGUGGACAAAAUGGAGAAGACAAAAUACAGACAUGCUCUGGUGGUGUUUGGUGGUGUGAAGGGACUGGAGUGUAGUUUGGAAGCUGACGAAGCAUUGGAGGAGGACGAUCCUAGUGCUUUAUUCCAACAUUACAUAAACACAUGUCCCCAACAGGGCAGUGGGACCAUUCGUACGGAGGAAGCCAUUCUCAUUACGAUGUCAGCCCUACGCCCAGUGCUGUGUAACACAGAGCAGGAAACAUCUUGAUGUUAAUAAAAAAUAUGUUACUUUUA